AUGGCCUCCUGUCAAGCCCUCGUCCUCCACGGCGCCAAAGACCUCCGCCUGGAAUCCAAACCAGUCGCCACCCCCAAUGGCGCUGAAGUGCAAGUCGCCGUUCGAGCAACCGGUCUCUGCGGCUCAGACUUGCACUACUACAACCACGGCCGCAAUGGCGACUUCGUAGUGCGCGAGCCCUACUGCCUGGGCCACGAGUCCUCCGGUGUCGUCACAGCCGUUGGGCCCAACGUACAAAGCCUCAAAGUCGGCGACCGCGUCGCCCUCGAAGUCGGGCUACCCUGCCGCAAAUGCCCUCUCUGCCUCUCCAACCGCUACAACCUCUGCCCAGAGAUGCGCUUCCGCUCCUCUGCAAAGAUCUACCCCCAUCUCGAUGGCACCCUCAUGGAACUCACCACCCACCCUGAAGACAUGUGCCACAAGCUCCCCGAGUCCGUUUCUUUCGCCGGCGGCGCCCUCCUUGAACCCCUCGCGGUCUGCCUCCACGCCAUCCGCCGCUCAAACCCACCUCCCAAAUCCUCCCUCCCACCAAACUACAACAGCACAGCCCUAAUCUUCGGCGCCGGCGCAAUCGGCCUCCUCCUCGCCGCCGCCCUCAGCGCCCAAGACGCCUUCGCCCACAUCGUCGUCGCAGACAUCGACGCCUCCCGCCUAAAGAUCGCCUCCGGCCUCUCCCUGCCUAACCUCUCCACCUUCCUCAUCCCCAAACCCGCCAACCCUCCCCCGCGCGACGCACCACACGCAGACCAAACCGCCUUCGCCCUCUCAACCGCACAAUCCACCGCCGCCUCCCUCAAGGCCUCCAUCCAAUCCAUCGACCCGUCCGCCCUCGGCUUCACCCGCGUCUACGACUGCACCGGCGUCCCUGCCUGCGUGCAAGCCGGGAUCUUCGCCGCCUCGCCCGGCGCCGUCCUCGUGCAAAUCGGCAUGGGCAACCCCGUGCAGACGGUGCCUGUUGGCGCGGCCGCGCUGCGCGAGGUCGAUAUCAUCGGAGUCUUCCGGUACGAUGGGCAUGCGUACCCGGCGGCCAUUGAGCUGAUGGCUAGUGGGAAAAUGGAUGUUGUUGAGAAGAAGGUUGUGACGCAUAAGGUUGCGCUGGCGGAUGGGAAGAGGGCGUUUGAGUUGGCGGGCGCUGGUGUUGAUGAGGCUGGCGAGCCGGUUGUUAAGGUUGUUAUUGAGAGUUAG